AUGUUUAAGAGAUCAUUUUCACAAGUUUCAAGAAGGGCAUUCAACAAAGGCUCCAUGCAACAAUUCACCAAAACUUCACCCACCAGAUCCACUUUGAAGCAGACAUCCAACAAUGUGGUGGAUAACGCAACUGCCACCAAGACAGGCAAUGCUCAGGGUUCAUUCAGGACUUUUGCAGAGUACAGACUCAGGAUUUCCAACCAAUCUCCAUUGGCAGUCAGAGCAAAAGAUUUCAAUGCAAAUUUGAGAAUGUUUCAGCAUUAA